CAAUUAGGAUGGCAAUGGAAAAGGUACCAGAAAGGGUUAAAAGAAUUUUGGGGACCAGAUGACGAACAACCACUUCGUUCAAAAUCUACAGGCAGUAGUCUAAUGGUCAGUGACUAUUUGUGUGAUACACUGGGACGACUACAAUUAGAUUCUGAAAAACAAGCACAAAAUUUAUUGCUUCCGCCAGAUCAACAAAUACCAGA